AUGCUGCUGCUCUCCCUUUUGGUUCUGCUAACAUCCCCUGAAGAUGGCCAGGCUCAGCGUGUGUUGGGCAUGAGGAGCAACGGCUCGUGCCUGUGCGAGGUCAACUCCACCAUGUGGCUGUUUCCUUCUGGGAAGUUCCAGGCCUUCUCGCAGCAGGUUCAAACCUGUGAAGGGGCUCUGAUCACCCUCCAGGAAAAGGUGAACCUUUCCAGCCAGCGUCUUCCUCAUGUCCUGGCUCAAGUUGAGAGUGUGACAGCCCGGCUGCAGCCCUACCAGUAUCUGCACUAUCAGGGCCUGUACUCAGCACUGUCCCUGCGCAAGCUGGGCCAGGAGCUCGGGCAGCUGGAGAUAGACAUUGGUGAUAUCCACAGUCAGCAAAACAACGCUCAGACACAGAAACUCACCAAAGAGGUGGAUAAUCUUCGUAAAGAUGUAAGCAGGAUGCAAACAGCAGACACAGUUAACAUGAAGACUCUCAGAGAGAAACUGCGCUACCUCAAGAACAGCGUUGAGUCUUGCAAGACAAUCCCCAAAGACUUCAGAAGCCAGCACAGGUACUGCUUCAAGGGCUUGAUUACCAAUGUCAGUGAACCUGUCACCACUAAGAUCAGUCCUCAUGGAAAGAACUACAUCUCUGGUUCGUGGGGCAAACAGGCACAAACAGACAGUGAGAGGCAGAGAAACAUCUAUUGGGUUCAGCCGCUACUCAGCAGCCACAUCCGGGGAAACACCCUGCGUGUUUAUCAAACCUACGAAGACUUCAUGGCCUCCACCAACCAUAAGGAUUUUACCAUUGCUCCAUCCUACACUCAUGCCAAUACCAUUGAAGGUCCCAGUGCCGUCCUGUACGGUGAUGCUCUGUACUAUCACUGUUACAGCUCUGCAGACGUCUGCCGCUACGACCUGACGGGCAACAGUGUCAAACGGGUAACACUUCCAGGCACCGGUGUAGGUUUCAACAACAAGUUUCCAUAUUGUUAUUAUGACUGCCGCGCUAACAGUGAUGUGGACGUGGAGGCAGACGAGACAGGAUUGUGGGCGCUCUACGCAACUGUCGGUAACCAUGGUAAUCUCGUGGUGAGCAGGCUAGGCUGGGACAAAGAGACUCAGACUCUCAAUGUGACGCAGACGUGGGAGACGAGACUGUUCAAGAAGGCAGUGAGCAAUGCUUUUAUGGUGUGUGGUGUGAUGUACGCCACUCGUUAUGUGGACGAGUACCGUGAGGAGGUCUUCUACGCUUUUGACACAGCCACGGGGAAAGAGGACAACUCACUUGCUCUGCCACUGGAGAAGGUCGCUAAAGGAGUAGCCAGUCUGAGCUACAACCCCACCAACAGGCAGAUCUACAUGUACAAUGAUGGAUAUCUUCUGGCCUAUCAGGCCCACUUCUAAGCUGAAGCUGAUUGAAUCGACAAAUUCUAAGCAGUUAUGCUGCAGAAAAUCCAGUUUAAAGACUAUUCUACAUGAAAUGGUUGACUCAAAGUGUAAAUCAUGUACACAUUUAUAAAGGUCUUUUUCUCACAUAGGAACAUUAAAAAUAUAGUUAAAAACAAUGAUAAAAAUAAUCAAUGACC